AUGAUGUCUCGGUUUGCCGGUGACUCAAAGCUUAAACCGCACUUGACUACGAAGGGCUAAUUCAAGUUCGAAGCGUCUAUAAAUCUUGGGAACAGACAUGAUAUCUAGAAGAAUGAUGAUAUCCAUAUAAAUGCCUACUAUAUCAUAUGUAUUUGCAAUCAUAGUAACUGCUUGGUCUCUAGACUAUUCUACUAAAUUCCCCAAUUACUUCGCUUUCUAUCCGCGUCAACCGCUUUAACAUCCUGUCAGGACGCCUGAGUCGUUUCCUUAAUUCUUGAUAGUCUUAAGAGUCCAUUCAUUGUCACUUAACUGCGCUGGCUCUUACUCACUUGAAGUCUCACGUAGGGACACAACUAUAAAAUAUUUAUAUUAUUUUUAAUUUGCCUAUAUAACUCUUUACUACCAACUCCGCUCUCAUCACAUACUACCUACAUACAAAAACUCGGAGCCAUGGGUUCGCAAACUACGGAGCCCAAUGGGGCAACAACUUCGAGACCUGUCCUAUUCUUCGAUAUCGACAAUUGCCUCUAUCCUAGAAGCACUAAAGUCCAUGACCUGAUGGCCGACCUCAUAGAUGUAUACUUUGCGACACAUCUCGGACUCCCGGAAGAGGAAGCCGUGAAAUUGCAUAAAGAGUAUUACAAGAACUACGGUCUCGCGAUCGAAGGACUGGUGCGGCAUCACCAGAUCGAUCCCCUAGACUACAACGCCAAGGUUGACGACGCUUUACCCCUGGAGGGCAUUAUCAAACAGAACCCGCAAUUACGAAAGCUGCUCGAGGAUAUUGACACGUCAAAAGUGAAAUUAUGGCUCCUGACUAACGCCUACGUCACACACGGCCGACGAGUUGUCAAGCUCUUAGGCAUCGAUGAUCUGUUUGAGGGUCUUACAUAUUGCGAUUAUUCGCAAGUCCCUAUCAUAUGCAAGCCACAUAAGGAUAUGUUUGCUAAGGCGAUGAAGGAGGCCGGGGUAGAUCGAGCUGAGGAUUGCUAUUUUGUUGACGAUUCAUACGCAAACGCAGUCGGCGCGCAACAGCUGGGAUGGACAUCGGCUCACUUAGUCGAGGAGGGCCUACCAGUUCCAGCAACUCAAGCAUCUAAAUAUCAGAUAAGGCAUCUGGAAGAGCUACGGGAAGUAUUCCCGCAAUUUUUCAAAUCAUCAAAUCCAGCAUAAAUGGCAUGAGACAGAGAAAGGCAAUGAAGCUCGGUUGCGUAUAAUAAACCAUUGUUAUAGUCCAAUAUAGACCACAUU